GUGGAACUGCUGAUCAUACAGGCUUGGAGGACUAACGUGGAGGGCGAUCUUUUUGGAUUUCUCUUUGGAUCGGUACAGCCGGGGCGCCGCCAGUUGAUUGCCCAGAUGCUCAUCGCGCCGAUCGUGCAAUUAGCGGACGAUCUCUCGCCCGACAUCUAUUCGCAGAGUGACGACAGUCCUGCUCCGCAUGUUCUCGAGCGGUCAUUGGAUCCGUACCUUCAGUGGACUGCGUGCUUGGAGGAGCCCAGGGACGAAGAUACGCUGCCGUCGCGCCAGGAGUAUCUGAAGCCGUACGAUAUCAUCCCUCACGCCUUCUAUCCGAGGGCGGAGGAAGUAGUGAUCGACGACGACGACGACGAAGAGGACGAAGACGAGGAAACAUCGGAGGAGGGAAGCUAUAACGAAUAUAGCGAGGGAGAGUUGAGUGAAGAAGAAGAGGAGGAAGACGACACUGGAUCAGAGUGGGAAGCCUUGCCAGAGGAAGCGACGUGCACGGGAACAGAGACGGAAGAUCCGGAAGCAGCGCGAAGAAAUUGCCACCGGGAAGCGCCAGCUGGAGUUUGCCAGCGGAGCCGGCUUGCGCAUCGGUAACAAUCCGACCAGAAAUCCGGAGCCGCCAAAGCCCGAAGAUGGCGACCCUCCAGCCGCCACCUCAAGUGCCGCGCGACGGAGACG